ACGGAAGUGCUCAUUCCGUCCGAGACCUCCGCCGUGGCAACAGUAUUCUUAAAUUGUGUUCACAAAAAAAAGUUAUGAAUCUUUUCUCCGUGCUUGUGAUUGUGGGAGCCACCCUAGCGGUAUCCGUUAGCGGUCAACGGCGUUCCGCCGAAGUCGGUCCCUACACGGCGCAGUUCUCCGGCUACAAGUACAUCCAGCGGGACAUCACCAACAUGACGACGCAGCUGCUGAGCCAAAACUUUGACUUUCUCUUCCUGGCGGCGGACUUUGACCGGUACCACCGGGAUCGGCCCGGCUUCGAGCAGCUCUACCGGGAAAUCGCCGACCAAGCUUGGGCCGAUGCGAUCGCCCUACUCCAAUAUCAGAGCCGGCGCGGAUUCCCGGGUCAGCUGGACGAAAGCUACCUGUUCCGGGUGAACGACCACCCCCGGAUGACCGACGAGCUGGGUUCGCUGCAGAUGGCGCUGGGGGAGGAGAAGCGCGUUGCCGAGAUGGCGCACGCGAUUCACCAGAAGGCCUCGGUUGCGGCGGAAACCGCCAAGGGGUACGAUCCGGACGCGGCCCACUUUCUGGACCGGCAGCUGAUCAAGCGGCGGAGUGGAUCGGUGCGCAAGCUCACCGGGUACAUUCACAUCGUGAACGGGCUCAUCAACCUGGACACGGUCACCCGGGACAUGGGACUGCACCUGUUCGAUCACAGCUUGAAGACGGUGCAGUAAUGUAGACCGCAAAGAGAUAAAGCAAUAAAACAGUUAAUCAGUUGAUCGAGC